AUGCUCGGUCUAAAGACUUUCACACCCGCACUGCCCUCCCACGUUGGGUGGCACGCUCGACCUCGCCGGCAGCCGCUGCUGUAUUCGCUACUGCUGCUUCUGACCCUCUUCGCCACAGAGACGAGCAUUACCAUUGCUGCAGAGGAGGCAGAGGCCAUAAAGGGCCUUGAGGCAGUUGAACUUGAGCAAGAUAGAACAACUGGCCGAACAGAACGGGGAAAAGGUUGGGACACUUCAUUGCCUGUGGGAGCACAUGUCGUGCAAAAGCGACAGCCAGCGACUGAACAUUACGGGGCUUUCUCGGAUGAGUUGCCAGAGUCCUCUCAAGGUUCCCCAAGGGCCUUUAGCAACAACGCCGAGAUGGGAAUGAAUUCUGCACCACCGGCUGAAACAGGAGAUCUUGCGCAGGCCCCUCAAGACCAUGCUCUUGAGAGAUUGAGAAAGGAUUCUUUAUUUAGCGGGAGGCCAUCCUGUCCAUCGAGCAGUCCUGCGUCAGAGGAGAGACGAAGGAGGGCCGCUGCCGCUGCGGGCAAGGCUUUGCUGCGUAGCCAUUUUCAGCAGCAGCAAAGAUGGCUAUUGCUACAUCAGCGUAAGAACCAAGCAGACCAAACAACCCGGCAGCAGCAGCUGCAUAUUUCCGCAGAGGGCAACAGCAAAACGGAAACGACGCUUGCAGGGCAUCCCUCGGCCUCCUCAGCAUCCUCUGACUCUUCCCAGUUUGCGGACAUGCACAAAGAAGGGGCAGUAAGAGCCCUAUCGGCUUCUCGGCCUGGAAAGCAGAUUUUGCAAGAAAGAGAAGGGAACACACAGAUAGCGGCACCUGCCUCUUGUGCUGCGCCUCGCUAUGCGUCUCCUUUCCUGGAAAAGAAAGACAGCCCAACCUGUGCAUCCACCAGCCAAAGAGCAAGUCAGGGCAUACUGUUAAGGCAUACGGCCAGAGACAAGGGAGAUUCCACGAAAGAAACGAAGGAGGCUGCACAGGCGGAACAUGGCAAGGUACGAGAUCCCCCAAAGCGAGAUGCUAGAACUUUGAUGCGGGACGUUUGGGGGGGCUUUGAGGCGACAACAGAAGAAACCGCAGAGGAAGAGUCGCUGCUAAAAAGCCCUGGUGCAGCCGUGCAUUGGCAUUUGUGGGGAUCGUCCGCUGGCUACAGCAUAGCGGAGAAAUACAUUGCGCGAGGCGGCCAACGGGGUGCAGCUGUCGGAGUGGGAGAAAACCCCGAAAUGACAUGGGUUUUGGGAGCGCCAACAGGUAACGGGUUAGGGCUUCACCAAACACUUGAAGAAGAGAGGGCAGCUCUCCUUGAGGCGCUAGAUUACAGCUUCAUGGUGAAUGCAGAACAGGUUCAGAGGGACGGCGACCUGGUGGGGCCUUCAUCGCGGCACGCCUAUGCAGGUGUCCCAUACGCAGUGACUCUUCAGUUCGGCUUUGACUCAGUUCCUCUACACGAACAGAGGGCCAUUGAGGCAGCAUUAGAAACCAAGGAAGGUUCCGUUCUAGAAAAUCCCAUUGUGGGCCAUUUUUGGACUGCGCUUGAAGAGGCUCUAGGGCAACAGUUCGUAACACCAGCGCAGGUUCAGCUGUCGGGACAGGGAGCCAAUGAGGUAUCUUUGGUCGAAGGCGGCCCUCUGCAUUUGACUACCGUAGCUGAAGAGUGGGUGCAGCAAUUGGACGGGCCUGAGGGCGUAGUAGAGCUUGAAUUACUGUCCUUAACUCUAGAAGACUUGAGAGUCAUCUUGGCUCUCGAGGAUGAGACAGGAGGGCCUCUCUCCUUGGUCGCGGUCGAAGAUUGGGGCAAGAGAGAGGAAGAAAAUCCUCAUUACUUAUUGCCUGCUCAGGGGCUCCAAACCUUGACUAAAGAAGGUAGCUUGGAGCCUCUUAGCAAAAGCAGUGGCAAAGAGGAGGAGGAAGACGCAGACGACGUCGCUGAGGACGAAGCCUUCUGGGAAUUUUUGAAGGCAAAUCCAAGUGCUUGGUAA